AUGGAUGCGGACCAGUGGAUGGCGCAUAUGACGGAUUUACAGGCGGGCCAUUCAUCGCACGUGGCGGGGAUGGUAUAUGGGCGGCAGCUGAUGGAGCAGGCGGGCACAACAAGCCACCGGCGGGCGAUGUUCCGGCAGUCCAGUGUGGAUUGGCACCAGUUUCUGGGGUUCGGCUGCGGCACGGGGGUUCCAGGAGAUGUCCAUGCCGACAUUGAUGCCGGUGGGCUUCGGGCUGGCUUGGUGGAUGAAGGCAGCUGUCCAAGCCGCUGUCCCGGUCAGGAACAGGUUAGGGCUUGCUUGGUGGAUGAUCCCAGUCAGGAACGGGUUAGGGCUUGCUUGGUGAAUGAUCCCGGUCAGGAACGGGUUAGGGCUCGCUUGGUGAAUGAUCCAAGUCAGCAAGCGGUUAGGGCUCGCUUGGUGGAUGAAGGUAGCUGUCCAAUUCACCAUCCCGGUCAGGAACGGGUUAGGGCUUGCUUGGUGGAUGAUCCCGGUCAGGAACGGGUUAGGGCUCGCUUGGUGGAUGAUCCCGGUCAGGAACGGGUUAGGGCUCGCUUGGUGGAUGAAGGUAGCUGUCCAAUUCACCAUCCCGGUCAGGAACAGGUUAGGGCUCGCUUGGUGGAUGAAGGUAGCUGUCCAAUUCACCAUCCCGGUCAGGAACAGGUUAGGGCUUGCUUGGUGAAUGAUCCCAGUCAGGAACGGGUUAGGGCUCGCCCCGUGCUCGGGAAACGCAAGCGGGCCCCAUGGCAGGUGGAGGCUGAGGAGCACCACAUGGAGCGGCGCCACCAGCUGCAGACCAUGGACAUGGCCGCUGCGCUGCAGCAGAUGACCGGUCAGGCCGGCAUGCAGUUCCAGGGCAUCCAGGCACCCGCCAUGGCGGCGAUCCAGCAGGGCAAGAGCCCCGUGGUGGCAGUCAUGCCCACCGGCGGUGGGAAAAGCAUGUUAUUCAUGUUGCCCGCGUGGGCCGUCCCCGGGGGCACCACCAUUGUGGUGGUGCCAUUGAUCUCGCUGCGGCAGGAUAUGCAGCAGCGGGGCCGGCGGCUAGGCAUCCCAUGUAUGGCAUGGGACCGGCAGCAGCCAUGUGAUGAAGCAGCCAUUGUGCUGGUCACACCGGAAUCGGCUGUCACCCCCGAUUUCCAUUCAUUCAUCAACCGGUUGGUGGUGAUGCAGCGGCUGGACCGGGUGGUGAUUGAUGAAUGCCACAUCAUUAUGAACCAGCAGAAGAACUUCCGGUCCGCCAUGGCACAGCUUGGGAAGCUCGUUCGGGCCCGUACACAGAUGGUGUUUUUAACGGCCACAUUGCCCCCCGAGAUGGAACCGGAGUUCAGCCAGCGCAUUCACCACCCACAGGAUCAGAUCGAUAUAUAUCGGGCCCGCACGAGCCGCGGCAAUGUGGCAUAUGGGGUGUGGCGGCCACCGAUUCCACACACUGCACCACAUGGAUAUGGAUGGGAGCAGGAUGCCCGGAUUAUUCAGUUCCUGCAGGCGCAGCUCCAGUGGGCCCGGGCCCGGGGGGGGAAGAUGGUGAUAUAUGCCAACCGGGUCCACCAGGUGCAGGCGAUGGCGGCGGUAUUGGGAUGUGAGGCGUAUUUCAGUGGGCAGGUGGACCGGGGUGGGAUUUUGGGGCGGUUCAUGGGAGGGGAUUCCACAGUGCUUUGCGCGACCAGUGCAUUGGGCAUGGGGGUUGAUAUUCCAAAUAUCCGAGUGAUCAUUCAUCUUGGGACGCCCCGGACGUUAUUGGAUUAUGCACAGGAAAGUGGGCGAGCCGGGCGGGAUGGGAAGGCCAGCCAGGCGAUCAUUAUCCAGCCGGCGGGGUGGGCGGAGGAUGAGCGGCAGCUGGGCACACCGGAGGUGGAGGGGGAGCUGGUGCAGCAAUACAUGGGGGUGGUGGCAGGUCGGGGGUGCCGGCGGGUGGUACUGGACGAUUAUCUGGAUGGGACGGUGAAUGGAUACCGGCGGCAGCAUUGCGGGGAUGACGGGGACGAGCAGGCAUGUGAUGGGUGUAAUGUGCAGUGGCAUGUAGGGGACGUGGGUGGUGAUGAGGCCGGGCAUGAGGCCGGGCAUGAGGCUGGGCAUGAGGCCGGGUGUGUGGGCUUGCACCAUGGCCCAGGGCAGGCGGUUCGGCCAGUGUUAGGGCUGGCAGAUGACCCAGACUGGCGGGCGCGCAGUGCCACGAGGCGUUCCAAUGGUCGGGGGCUCAGGCGCGGAAUGGAGUAUGAUUCCAGCAGAGCAGCGGGCUCAUGCAGGCCAAGCCGAAGCCGGAGCCAUAGCCCACGCCGGAGCUAUUGCCCACGCUGGAGCCAUAGCCAUAGCCCGAGCCAUAGCCAUAGCCCGAGCCAUAGCCCGAGCCACGGCCAGCACCAGCGCCAGUGGGCCGCGGCCGACAUUCAAUUCCGCCGGCAACAGUCCCAGGCAUGGCUGGAUGAGGAGUUUGGGGAGCAGGAGGCUCAGCAGUGGCGGGAUCGAUGUUAUAUCUGCGCCAUGGCCCAGGCAGAUGACCAGCACGAUUUAUAUUCAUGCCGGCAUGCACGCAGCCAGGCAGCCAAGCAGUGGAUGCUGCAGGUUCGCCGGCGGAUCCAGUACAGCCGAUUCAGCGGGUGUUUUUCAUGUGGGAUGCCGCAGACGAUAUGCGCCGGGUGGGAGCCAGGAGGCCAGUGUCAGUACCGGGGGGUUUUGAUCCCCAUGGUGGCGAUGAUGCUGCAUGGGCCAUGGGGGGUGGGCAUUCGGGAGGCAUGGCAGCGGCGACUGGUGGGAUUGCAGGUCGACGGCGCGGACAUUGGGGCGGUGAUUGGGUGGCUGGGGCAGCGCAGCCGGGCGGGCCAUAGCCAGUUGUUUGAGGAGUUUUGUUGGCUGCGGCGGGUGAGUCAGGAGGUUGAGUUGGGGUUGGAGUUGGGAGGCAGAGAGAUGGAGGAUUGGCCAGGACCAUAG